CCUGAAAGCGCUUGUACGCUGCAUUUACAGCGUAAUCGCGGCCGCAUAGUCGCAUCGUGGCAUUUCGCGAACUGCAUCCUGCUGCAUACCCUCGUACCCUCGUUACGCGCGUUUCACCCUCGCUAUGCAUCGGUGAUGUAGACUCGUCGAUAGACGUGCUGGGGUGUCUCAGCUUGAGGAAGGUGUAGUCGCAGACUGCCGGAUCUCGUUUAGAGGGUCGGCAAUCGAAUCUGAGAUCACGACACACGAGGGAUGACAAUAACCAAUAAAGAGAGAUAGAUUUUGUGUUCCAGACAACGUUUAAAAACAGGUCACCCGUGUUGUCGCGAGAGAAUCAACCCUUCCAGGCUUCGUAGUGCAGUAAAAGGACGGCUUGAAAUAUACAGCUGAAUCAGCUCGCGCUAAUCGGGCGCUGCUCGAUGUUUGAGAAAGUCUCGACAUGACGCGAAGCUAAACAAAGUGUAAGGAGAUCCUGCCGCUGUCAGCAUGUGGACGAAUCACUUGAUAGUGGCGGCAAUUGUACUCGCGGUUGCCAACGUCUGUCAUGCGGAGUGCCAGACUCGUCAAAUUUAUUGCUACGAAUGCGAUUCAUGGACGGAUCUCAGAUGCAAGGAUCCUUUCAACUAUACGGCACUACCCAGGGACCAGCCACCGCUGAUGACGUGUAACGGAUGCUGCGUAAAAAUGGUCCGCAAUGCAAAAUCACCGUACGAGAGCGUGAGGAGAACCUGCACUGCGCAACUACAAAUAAACUUAUUCAUGGUGGACCACGUGUGCAUGAUGGAAAGUACCGGCACUGGUCACAUGUGCUUCUGUGAGGAGGAUAUGUGCAAUCGUGUACCCCCGACCUCGCGCUCGAAUCCCGUACUCCUGCUGAUCCUGUCGACCAUCCUUAUUCUACGUUCAGCCGUCUUAGGGGCCUCCGCUUGCUUUGUAGAACGUUGCAAUAUUCACAUCGUAUAACACCAAUUAAUUCGAUCCACCCAUCGCAGUGGUGUCCAAUCAUAUCCUUCGUAGAAAUUCUAGCGAGUCGACACGACCAUUCGUCGGAACGAACGAUAGAACUGACUUCGAUUCUGAAGGCUAGCGCCUUUGAGAUAUAAAAGAAAGAAAGCAAAAGCGCAUAUAUAUAUAUAUAGAACGGUGGACGAUUGACGUGCAUCAUUAUCAUUAAUUUCGUGCCUCUUUAAAACGCGUGUGAUCCGAUUAAAUCGCAUAGAAAUUUAAUACAUUACAUUUGUAUAAUAUAAAAAUGUUAUCAAAGUUGCAUAUCAUACGAUAGAUGCUACAUGCAUAAUAGAAAAUGAGAAAGUUCGGUACGUGUUAGAUGCUGAAAAAGAAUAUAUAUGAAAGUAGAUGUCUGCAAGUAAAAAAUAUAUUUAUGUAUUCUUAUAAGACAUUUGUAUUAUUCGUUAUAAUGUAGUUUGAAUUAAUUUUAUUCACCGACUUAGUUUUUCUCAGGGAGAUAGGCCCUUCAGGGUAAAUGCAAGCAAUAUAAGACAUCUAGGUCGCACACAAAAUUAUGCUUUUAAAUGAAAGCUGAAUAAAACCAAAAUGGAGCUAUUAAAUAGCACGAUAAUAAAUUUUAUUAUAAACUUAUCUUGAGAAAUUAGCAGUAAGAUUAGAUAAUUAUUAUUAAAGUAAAACUAAUUUAGAAAAUGAAAUCUUCUCGUUUUCUAUAGCAAGAUUUGUCGAAAUUAUGUGCGUCGUUCGUUCCGAUUACUGGCCUUAGACAGCAUCGAUAGUACCUAGGCGUUUCUCGUGUAGAAAUCAUCCCAACUAUCUAAUCGAUUUCGUUGAUGAUCUCGGCACGAGUCCGAGUUCUUUAUUAUUAUAGUUGCUCUCUGAGCAAGCACGACUAGCAUCAUUGCAAUACAUUCGUAACAUAAACUCUGAGGAAGGAAUUUUAUUGGAAAAAACAGACGAUUAAAAUACAAAAUAAAGUAUCGAAAUUUAAAUUAUCUGUUUAAGUAAUAAAUUUGAGCGAUAGACGCCACGUUUGUACCAAAAUGUGAUAUAAUACAAUAAUUCUAUUAAGGAAUUCAAUUAUUUUUGUAACACUUGUUUACUUAAAUUAUAUUAUUCUUAUUAAAUCAUAUUUAAGUAAUAUUUCUUGCUUAAAUUUACCAUUGUUGAUACUUCACAUAAUUGGCAAUUACAUGGUUCAUUGUAAGCUUUUAUUGCUCAUUUUUUAAUACUCUUAAAAUUGGAAAAAAUACGUUUCAGUUUUAAAUUGAUAAGUAGAACAUAAAUUAAAUUUCUUCUUCGGCGUUACCGCGCUGCAUGUACUCGACUGUCGUCUAGGAACAUCGAUGAUGGUUUUACCAUUUACCCUAAUAUUACGAAAAGAAAAGAAACAAAAUGUGGAUACUCUAGCUCUCGAAUUUUUCUCACAACAAUGCACCUCACUUAUGACGUUUCUCUUAUUCUAAUGCGACAAUGUUCGACGCGACUGGUCGAGUUUCGUUCAAUGCGAAAACUUAUAAAGAAGCACAAUAAAAUUGCACGAGUUAUGGACGCCGAUUGUGCACGACAUAUUAUGUAAAAAACAUUAACGUAUAUAAGAAUUUCAAGCAUUUUUUAAAGUUUAGAUAAACAAUUGAGUAAGUAAAAUAGCACAACUCUUUUCACAUAAUUUCUGAAAUGUAUAAUCUUGAAAUUUGAGUAAUUCAAUGAGCCAUUAUAUAUUUAUAACAGAAAUGUUAAACAGAAAUUCUUUCGAAUCGAAUUUGUUCUUUAUGUCUUUUGCGCGUACUUUCGUAAAAUAUAAUUUGCAUAUUAAUACUAACACAAUUAUGUAUGCAGUAAACAGUAACAUGCUAUACAAUAGCUUUUAAAAUAUAAACGCAUACAAAAUAAUAUUGAUGUAUUGUGAUGCAAUCACAAUAUAAAAUAAU